AUGGUGCGAGCGACGGUUCUUAAAGUCGGCGAUAUCGCCGUCGAAGGUGUUCCUAGUAACAAAGCAAAAGGAGUGAAAAUGGCUCUGGAACCUCCAAUGAACAGUGCACAAAGAAGGAAACUGGGAGAUAUUACCAACCUGCAGAAUCAGAAAGCGAAUCAGCACCAACAAUCUCUGUUGCUCUCUUCUUCAGAAUAUGCUGAAAAACUUCAAAAGGCAAUGCUUAAUCCCUUCUUUUUUUUGGGUUCAUGA